AUGGAGUCCCUUGCAAAAGUUCUUCCUGGAGUACCAAGCAUUGAAGAAGGUGUCCAGAUCUAUAGAAAUUUCUACUCGGAAGAAAAAGAAAGGUUGAAUGGUGUUACUGCUAUAUGUGGAUUGAGCUGCAGCGGAGUUCAGAAGCUUCUAGGGUUUGUAGAGACUAUCGGAACAAAUCCAGAAUCACUUCCUCCCACAACAUCAACUCUGCUUUCAACAUUUUUGGCUACGCAUAAUCGUCAUGUAUUGACGCUGCAUAACUUAUGUAUUCACACUCUUGUUUGGUUUGAGGUAAAAGGUUCGACUCUGACAAACGGUGCGAGGGCUCUAUCAAAGCAUAUCAACAGAAGCAGUCAAGGGUACUGGGGUGCCUUAAAUGGGAACGAUUAUGAGAAAAAUAGACAAGCUGUGGAAGUCAUAAAUCGGGUAAUGAGUGAGUGUAUAUGGAUGAACAUGCAUACUGUUCAACCCCAUGGAUGCAUCUUCGAGAUCAGGACUCGUGAUGGUUAUGGUGCCCGUUGGUCCGGAGAUGGAAUCAAGUUUAUAGGAUUUCUCGAGCCAUAUGAGGUGGACGGGCACUCCAAAGGCUGGAAACAUUAGUAACACUUAACUCGUU